GUUUAGAAAAAGAAAACAAAAAAGCUUAUAAUAAUAAUAAGGUGAUGAUAACUCAUACAACCACAAUCAGUUAUCUUGAUUCAUCUCUCUCUUUCUCUCUGAAAAUGAACUGUGUGGAAAUGCUCCUCUAAAAGGAACAUCAGCAUAUGAUAACAUAGUACUUUUUUUUUUUUACCUAUCUAAAUUCACCACAACAUAACCCUUGUAUAAGUUGUAAUCUCUCUUUCCUUUUUGUCUCAUCCUUUUACAUUACUUUACUGUUUCUUUCUCUCUGUCCCUCUAUUUAUACAUCACUUUCACCCUCUCUUCUUGUCACAAAAAACUAGUUUCCAAAGUGAGAAAAUAUUCAAUAAUGUCUCCACCUGGUUCAUCAAGAUGGAGCCCUACAACUGAACAGCUUAUGAUCUUGGAAGAACUGUAUAGAAGUGGAAUUAGAACUCCUAGUGCUUCUCAAAUUCAGCAAAUUACUACUCACCUUUCUUUCUAUGGUAGGAUAGAAGGAAAAAAUGUUUUCUAUUGGUUUCAGAAUCAUAAGGCUAGGGAUAGACAGAAACUUAGAAGGAAACUCAACAAACAACUGCAGCUACAGCAACAACAGCAACAGCACCAGCAACAUCAACAACUUCAUCAUUGUCAACUCAAUCAUGAUAAUAUCAUGAUUAGUAACCAUUUUGUUGGUGGUACUUUUGGUUACCCUUUUGGAUCUUCUACUCAAGACUUUUCCUUUUUUAACUCACCUAGCUUGCUUUUUGAGGGAUCAUAUGCUGCAAACACAUCACAAGGGCCAACCAACAGCAAAUGGAAUGGCUAUAACAACCAACAAAAUUUGGUGGAGAAGAAAGAGAUUGCAUUCAACAACUAUGGUUGGAAUAGCCUUAUGGAUAAUGUUAAUCAUGAACCACCUUCAUGUUGCACCAAACCUCUCAAGACUCUUGAUCUCUUUCCACUCACAACAACAAGAAUCAAAGAAGAUUAGUCAAAACUCUAUGUGACAUUAUUAACCUAUAAUACUUUAGAAUAUUAAUUAACCAUGCUUGAAAGUUAUCAUCUAUAUACCAAGAGUACCUAGUGUUGCACGUAGGAUCUUUGGUUGCUUUGCAGCAUGUGAUAGAAUAGAAUGAUAGAAAUGCAAUACUUUUUGGUGUAAAUCCUAAGGGUACUUGAUGUGUGUCCUAGAAUUAUAUACCAAGAUUAUUCUAUCCUAGUGUUUGCACGAUGUCAUUAAAGACGAGUUUUAUUAUUUUCUGUUGUUAUUUCAAUUUUUUUAGUGAUAAGGUUAAUGCUGAAUGUGUAUGGAAA